AUGGUAUUUCUGCUUUUGGUUGCAUUUGAUAACACCUGCUAUUUCAUAAUUGUUUGCUACACCAAUGACUUUUAUUGGGGAUGCUAUCAUGAUGAGGAACUCCCUAUUAUAAGUGUUGUUGAGACAUAAUCGUUUAGUUUUGCAAAGAACAGUGUAGAAAGCUCAACUGAUUAAUAAAGUAUUUAAUUUAAGGAUUAAAUUAGAAAGUCAAGAGGAGAAUCCCUCUCCUUAUUUUGGUAUCUGAAACAGAAGUGA